GCGGAUGUUAGCGGGCGGGCGGUGGCGGCGUUGCCACAGCAGCGGCGGUUGGGGUGCGACAUGGAGGGGCUGGAAGGUGAAGUUACAGUACAAACUGGUGAUCUGUUGCCAUGCAGAAUCUGUGGAAGGACUUUCUUUCCAGCAGCUCUGAAAAAGCAUGGACCCAUUUGCCAAAAAACUUCUGCCAAGAAAAGGAAGACAUUUGAUUCCAGUCGUCAGAGAGCAGAAGGAACUGACAUUCCCACAGUAAAACCUCUUAAGCCACGGCCAGAGCCCCCCAAAAAACCAUCCAAUUGGAGACGAAAGCACGAGGAAUUUAUAGCAACUAUACGAGCAGCCAAAGGACUUAAUCUUAAAGACGGUGGAAAGCUUCCUCCGCCACCUCCACCAUCAUAUGACCCUGAUUACAUUCAGUGUCCAUAUUGCCAGAGGAGAUUUAAUGAAAAUGCAGCUGACAGACACAUCAAUUUCUGUAAGGAGCAAGCAGCACGUAUUACUAAUAAGGGGAAACUGGCUGCUGAUACCAAAGGGAAACUUCCUACUCGAACACAGUACAAACCUGCUGCAGUUAAGAAGAUGCCUUCUGCAGGAUCAGCACAAUCAUCAUCAUCAUCAUCACGCUUACCACAACCAAGCAGUGUUAGCAAAACUGUUGUAGGUGCCUCUUCAAGCAAAGUGCUAUCUUCGUCUGGGUCCAGUGGGAGCAAAAUUCAGACAUUAUCACCAGCUCAUAAAAAUUCAUUGGGAAUGGUGAACCCACAAGCAGGUAAGAUGGACAAGUUAGGCCCACCACUGCGAACUGGAAGAGAUGUGCAAAGGUUAUAUGACACUGAUACAAAAACAGACAGUACCGUCAAAAGACCAAAUGAGUUGUUGCCUAUUAAGAAAGGCACAACGAAAACACGGACAUCAACACCUCCUAGUGUGACAAGAGCCAUGAGCACUGGUGCUUUAACAAACAAAAGAAAAACUAGUAAUUCAGAAAGUUAUUCAAGGUCUGAUGGUAAAACUGGGUAUGAUAGUGGAGACUACCCAUCCUCAGUCAAUGGAGGAAGUUCAAAGAGCAGCGAAGGAAAUUCACCUGUACACUUAUCAAAAUUCUGUCAUGAAUGUGGAACAAGAUAUCCGGUGGAAUGGGCAAAAUUUUGCUGCGAGUGUGGAAUUCGAAGAAUGGUUAUGUGAACACAUUCUGAAAAGCAAAAAGAAAAUGAGAACCCAGGAGUGUCUACUACAUACCACUGCAUGGAAAGCUAGAGCACUUCUUCCAGUUAGAGUUCAUGCUGUAAACAUACUGAGACAUCAUAUUGUAAUUUUUCAAGUGCAAUCUUCUGGUUACGUAGUAAUUUAUAUAUAAAUAUACUGUAUAUAAAAAUAACAGGUACCUAAAGCUGUGCCAUUCAAGGAAAUACUCUUUAAUCUCUGCUGGAAAUAUUUUAAAUUAAGGUAGAAAUAUACUAAGUAACUUAGGAGAAAUGUGGGGGUUUUUUGUUUGUUUGUUUGUUUUCUUAUGUAACCCUGUUAGAUUUAAAUCAUCUGUGUGGUGCCUCACCCAUAGGAAACUAGCCAUGAAGAACUUGGGCUUUGGGAGUGUCUCUUGGAAGGAAUUUUCUUCUUAUGUGACAAUAACUUGUGAAGUAACUGGCUAAGUCCUACAUGAAAACAACAUGAGCAACUCAUUAUAAAUUCCUGAUUAAAUGAAUUGAAAAGA